UAAAUGCACCACGAUCGUAGAUAUACCUACGUCUAUACUACGUAGGUACCUUAGUGUCUUAUUUUCCCGUUUUUCCUCAAUGACAUGAAUAGACACACUUACCUACGUGAUCAACUGUUCAGUGCUGAAUUUCAGUCUAGUGCGUGGCAUGGCCCUUACAAAAUUCAAGAUGGAAUCAGGAGUUCAAUUACUUGCAAGAUUGUUCAAGAAAACUGACAACGUAAAAAAUUUUUACACUCCUCUUUUUCAGACGGGACUUAAAUUUGGCGAAAUAAUCGAAAUGUAUAGUCAAAUUAGUUUAACUCCUCUCAUAACUGACAUAAUUUGUGAAGCUUUACUACCGUCUAACCUAGGAGGACCACAUCUAAACAUUCUGUUAAUUUGUACAGACGGAAAUAUGGAUUUCAAUAUGUUAUUAUCAUGUUUACGCAAGAAACUUUUAGACAAGAUACCAUUGUGUACAGAUAUUGACAUUGACAAGUUAAUCCAAGAUGUACUGAAUAAUUUAGCAAUUUAUAAAGUUUAUGAUGCCACCCAAUUUUAUACAACAAUUCAUAAAAUAGAAAGCAUCAUGAUAGAAUACCCUGAUACAUCUUUAAUUAUAUUUCAUACUUUAACAGCAUUUUAUUGGUCAGAACAGGGUUUCAAAAUAACAAAAAUGGAUUUUUAUAUUAAAAAUUUACUUAAGUUGAUAAGGAAGAUCACAAAAGAUUACAAAAUAACAUUAUUCUAUACAAGGCCUGAAUAUUUUAGUUCAAGCAAAGAUACUAUAGAAAAUCUUGAAACUAGCAGUGAACAUUCCGCAGUAGACAAAGUGAAUUGUAGGAUUCAACUACUUCAUGUUGAUGACUGCAAAAAUUAUCAAGUAAACGUGAAUAAUUUUGACUCUCACUACACAAAAUAUUUUAAUAUAACAGACAAUCAUUCUUUGAAUUGGAUAUCAUAAAUGUAUUCAUGAAAUUAAUAAACAUACCUAUUACAAUUUAGCUAAA